UUUUUCUUGAAAUUCUGAUUGGCGUCAGGGGAAUGCUACAACAUAGCUGACAUUAUGAUCCUCCUUUAAGUGACACUCCUGGGGCAGUAAGAAGCAUGUGAGGGCCAGCCCUGCAGCUCAGGGCCCAGCCAGCCUGGCCCGGAAGGAGGGAGAAUAAGUGGCAGACACCACAACCCAGCACUGGGCUGCAGGUCGAGCCAGGUCUGACACGGGACGGCUGGGACCCAGGUGCAGCAAGAGGCUCCACGAAGGCACAGGCUGGAACUGUUCUGGCUCCUGUCCUGGCCUCCUUGGCCUGGCCUUGGAUGAGCACUGUUGAGUGGGGCCUGGGGAGCUCCGCAGACCUGGAACCUGGGUGCCAGGGUGGAGUCCCUUCCACGGCCACACCAGCAUGUUGGUGUCGUGCUGGCCCUCGGAUUCUCUUGGUCCAGAGGGAUAACAUCGCAGCCUUCCUGGGGCAGAUUUACGGAUGAAAUAGGGCAGCAUGACCGCGACUGACAGCUCUGAGGUCGGGCCCAGCACUGAGUGUGCCACAGGACGCAUCUCCCGGACCCCGACAGCAGCCCACGGUGCGGCCUCAGCUCCACCACGCUGGUCUCCCGGCCUUGCGUCAGUUAGGCUCCAGCCCUCAGGACAGCCCUUAACUAUUCACACUAAGGACACGCGGGCGCCUCUCACUUGCUCCACGCAGGCAGGGCAAGGCCCCAUCAUCCCCAUGUGAGGAGAGGAGGCCGGGAGGGGAGCAGCCUCCACCCCCACAGGCAGAACGGCAGGGACAGCAGAGGAGGACUCUGACCCCACCGGGGUUUUCCGCUUGAACUCUGCAUCCUUUCCCAUGGGUGUAGGUGGUGCUGAGAACAGCCAUGACCCAGCUCAGGAAGGCCACCCCCUCCUGGUGGCCACUUGGAGCCACAGAGGCCAGGACCCUGGCAUCAAUCCCCAGGCUGGGCUCCUGACAACCUCUGUUGCUCCGGACAGACGGCUGCCGUGAGCUGAACAUGCAGCAGACCCGACAUGUACACAGGGCAAAGACCCUCUGCAAGUCCCUUUCACUUUCAAUUCCUGGCAAAUUGCCCAGAGCAGCGUCAAAGCCUGGCUCCACGGUGAGACCAUCACAUGCUGGGAAAUCGGAGACGGCUGGCUGGACCUGAGGAGGGACUCUGGGUGCAAGGUCUCCACGAUUCCCCUCUGGGCCGCGGAGCACGCACCUGGGCAGGGGCCGAGUUCCCUCACUGCCAGCAGGAGGCUCCUUGGGGCAGUCUGUUGUCCUCUGAUUCAUAUAACAGCAUAUCGAUUAUCAUUCCUGGGCCGUGGGAUGCCAGAGCUGCUCGGACCAAGGUGUAAUGCUGUGGAACAGAGUCCAGGGGUUCUGGCUGAUUCAUUCUAUUCCCCUGUUUCCUCCAGUUCCUGAAGAAGGCUAUGAUUAUCCACCCACGGGGAGGCGAAAUGGACAAAGUGGCAUCUGCAUAACUUUCAAGUACAACCAGUAUGAAGCAAUAGAUUCUCAGCUCUUGGUCUGCAACCCAAACAUCUAUAGCUGUUCCAUCCCAGCCAUCUUUCACCAGAAGCUCAUUCACAUGUCCCAGUUGUGCACCAGGUCCAGCUCAUCAAAGAUCCCCGGCAGGCACCUCACCAGGCUUCAGUCAGCCCAGGGAGAAAAUUUCCUCCAUUUUGCAAAGUCUAAUUCUUUUCUUGAUGAUAUCUUUGCAGCCUGGAUGGCUCCACAGCUGAAGACACACUUGCUAACAGAAACCUGGCAACGAACAGGACAAAAGCUUCCUUCAAACUGCUCCCUUCCUUACCAUGUCUACAAUAUCAAAGCAAUUAAGUUGUCUCAACAAUCGUAUUUCAAUUCUUCUCAGGAUCAUGCCAAGUGGUGUAUUUCCCAAAAGGGCACCAAAAAUCACUGGACGUGCAUUGGAGACAUAAAUCGGAGCACAUCCCAAGCCUUCAGAAGUGGAGGAUUCAUUUGUACCCAGAAUCAGCAUAUUUACCAAGCAUUUCAAAGAUUAGUUUUAUAUUAUGAAAAGUGUAACUAAUUUUGGUAAGAGGACACAUGGACUAUCACUGAAAACAUUGAUAACUGGUUUUCUUCUAUGGGAGCCAUUCUUUGUAUAUUAAAAGCCUGUUAAUAUACUCAUAAUCCAUAUAUCAUAAAAUAAAAUACUUUUCUCCCAUGUUUACCAUUU